AUGUUCGGCAGUCGGCCGAAGAAGCCCAAGGGCUCGGCCGCGGCGACCAAGCGGGACGAAGCGGCCGCGAAGGCCAACCGCUUUCGCAAGGAGGUGAAGACGCCGCAGCUGAUCGACCCAGCCGCCGACCUGCCGGAGGCGAAGGAACGGAACGCACGAGAAGUGCGUGAAGAGCAGGAAGCCACCCGCCUGGAGAAGGCAGAGGCUGAGAAGGCGGAGGCCGCCGCCCUGAAGAAGCUGGCGGAGGCCGAGGCCGCCGACGCGGCGAAGAAGCAGGCUGAAGAAGCCGCGCACCGCCAGUCGGCGGUUUUCAACACUCCUCUGAACUCCGCGCCGCCACCUCCGGAGUUCACGGCGCAGACUAGGGAGGUCGGCAACGAGAACCCAAUCAUGGAGAGGGAUGGCGGCGACACCGCCAUGCCGGACAUGAUCGUGCUGCCGCCGCUGUCCGGGAGCACGCAAGGCGGGCAGCGGGCGGACCCGCCGGUGCCGCCAACUGAAAACGAGGUGGCGACGGGCCUGGCUCUCGAGGUCGGCACACCGACGCGCCGCCGUCUUGCAAAGGCGGCUUCGGCACCGCGCCCUCUGGAGACUGGCGCCGCGAGCUCCUCGAUCCCGGACACCGAGGCGACGAGCGCCGCGCCCACUGGGUGGGUGCGGGGAAGCGGAACGGGCCCGUUGAACCGGGCGCUUUUGGACGUCCAAGCCAAGAUCCGAGCCGAGGGCGAAGCCAUCAGGAACUGCAACAAGGCGCAUCGGGCAUCGCGAGAGGCUGUCCGGGAGCUGGCUCAGCGGACCGCCGACUUGUCGGAAAGCCGGAAGGCCAACGCCACCUUGCAGCAGCAGCUGGGCGAGGCCAACACCAUGCUGCGUGCUAAGGAGGAGGAGUGCAGCAAGCUGGCUGGAGAGCGCGACCGGCUGGUCACGCAAUUGGCAGAACAGAAGGAGCUCCUCAAGAAGGCCUAG